ACACUAAUUUUGGGCAAGAGGGGAGGAAAGAUGGCAGCUACAAACAGGUUGUGUGCUACAGUGUUACGGCCAUACUUAUCCCCUGUCUAUUUGCUAGGCGCUCGACAAAUCCAUGUAGAUGUCACUUUGAUGAGAAACAAAACUGCUCUGGAAAGGAGAGAGGAACGAAAGCGGCGUCAGAAACUCUACAUAAAGAAGAAAAAGCCAUCCACGUCAGUUAAACUCAAUGCAACAAAUAUUGCAUCUGGAAUUCAUUUUGCUGAUGACAAUGAGUUUGAAGAAAUCUCUAACAAGUUAACACUGUCUAGCCUGGCGAAGUACCAACUAAGAAAAAGUAGUGCCAUUGUUGACCAAGGAUCUGUUUAUGUAAAACACCCAAGCUCAAAACCAACAGUUAUUGGAGAACCUUUGAAACCAAGGUUUAUUUGGGAGGAGAAAGAUUGCAUCCAAGAAUUCCCUGAAACAUUGGAAGAGGCAGAUGCCGAUGUCCUUACUUACUUGGUUCAAAAAGAUAUUUUUAGAAGAAGACAGGUCUUGCAUAUACCAAAAUUCUGUGUUGGCAGUAUAUUGGCUGUGACCAGGGCUGAGCCUUUUUCUCCAAAGGGCUCUUUAAGGUUUGUGGGAAUCUGCAUCAUAAAGUCAACACCAGAGAACCUUCUACAUGCACGCUUUACCCUUAGAAAUGUCAUUGACAGUGAACCUGUUGAAAUAAACUUUCAGCUGUAUUCACCUCUAAUCCAAAAAAUAGAGGUUUUGAAGCAUGAAAGGAGAACUGACAUGAAAGGAAACGAAGAUCUUACAUUUCUGCGCGAUUAUCCUUUGGAAGACAGCACAAUCGAUGAAAACAUGGCAGCAUUGCCAUAUACAGAGGAACCUACUGAAUAUAAACCCCAACCAAACGAUAGAAGAAGACUCACAAACUGGUUCAAAGCAAAAUUUAAUAAAAAGAGUAUAAGAAAAAAUAAGAGAAAUAUGCAGCUACCUAGUUUUAUGCAAAAUCUGUGAUUGGAAAGUUUUUGGAGUCUUAACUGAAAUAAAAUUGUUGUUUUUUAUUUUAGAAA